GGGUCGUGGGCAGACGCCAUUUUGGUCUCAGAGGUGCUUCUGGGAAGUAGAGCGCCGACCCGCACGCUUGCUGGCUUUCCCGGUACGGCCUUUUCUGCUGGGGCUCCCAGGUCGAAGCGUUCGUCUCUGCUGCUGCGGUUUUCGUAUUCUCCGAGCUCUCCGGUUAGGCCGGAGCCUCAGCACCGGGUAGCGCCAUCGGAGGUCACACCACCAGGAAGGAGGUGACGGGGGCGGCGCGGGGCGCGGACACUCCCCGCUAAGAGCCCGCCUGCCAUGGACUCGGAAUAUUACAGUGGCGACCAGUCAGAUGAUGGUGGUGCUACCCCAGUGCAGGAUGAACGGGAUUCUGGAUCUGAUGGUGAGGAUGAUGUAAAUGAGCAACACUCUGGAUCAGAUACUGGAAGCAUAGAACGACAUUCAGAGAAUGAACCUAGUGAUCGAGAAGAUGGCCUCACCAAAAGACAUCAUGUGACAGACUCUGAGAAUGAUGAGCCCUCACAUCUUAAUGCUAGUGACUCUGAAAGUGAGGAGCUUCACAGGCCAAAGGACAGUGAUUCCGAAUCUGAAGAGCGGGCAGAACCUCCUGCAAGUGAUUCUGAAAAUGAGGAUGUUAAUCAGCAUGGGAGUGACUCUGAGAGUGAGGAGACCAGGAAAUUACCUGGGAGUGACUCUGAAAACGAGGAGCUGCUUAAUGGACAUGCAAGUGACUCUGAAAACGAAGAAGUUAGAAAGCAUGCUGCCAGUGAUUCUGAGAUUGAAGAGCUCCAAAAGAGUCCUUCCAGUGACUCUGAAACUGAGGAUGCUCUGAAACCUCAAAUCAGUGACUCUGAGAGUGAGGAACCACCAAGGCACCAGGCCAGUGACUCAGAAAAUGAGGAGCCUCCUAAACCGCAAAUGAGUGAUUCGGAAAGCGAGGAGCUUCCUAAACCUCGAAUCAGUGACUCAGAAAGUGAGGAUCCCCCAAGGCACCAGGCCAGUGACUCUGAAAAUGAAGAGCUCCCCAAACCCCGUAUCAGUGACUCUGAAAGCGAAGACCCCCCAAGACACCGGGCCAGUGACUCAGAUAAUGAAGAACUCCCCAAACCCCGAAUUAGUGACUCAGAGAGUGAGGAACCCCCUAGACACCAGGCCAGCGACUCAGAUAAUGAAGAACUCCCCAAACCCCGAAUUAGUGACUCAGAAAGUGAGGAUCCCCCAAGGCAUCAGGCCAGUGAUUCUGAAAAUGAGGAGCUCCCCAAACCCCGAGUCAGUGACUCUGAGAGUGAGGAGCCUCAGAAAGGACCUGCCAGUGAUUCAGAAGCGGAGGAUGCCUCCAGACCCAAACAGAAGCCAGAGUCUGAUGAUGACAGCGAUGGGGAAAAUAAGGGGGGGAAUCCAGAAAUGCAAAAUGACUUUCAUUCAGAGAGCCAUGUUGACAGAAAAAGAUUUCACAGCUCUGAGAGUGAGGAGGAAGAACCCAAAAGGCAAAAAAUGGAUAGUGAUGAAGAUGAAGAAAAAGAUGGUGAGGAGGAAAAAGUAGCAAAACGGAAAGCUGCAGUGCUUUCUGAUAGUGAAGAUGAAGAAAAAGCAUCAGCAAAGAAAAGUCGUGUUGUUUCUGAUGCCGAUGACUCUGACAGUGAUGUUAUAUCAGAUAAGUCAAGCAAAAGAGAGAAGACUGUAGCAUCUGACAGUGAAGAAGAAGUGGGGAAAGAAUUAUCUGAUAAGAAAAAUGAAGAGAAAGAUCUAUUUGGGAGUGAUAGUGAGUCAGGCAAUGAAGAAGAAAAUCUUAUUGCAGAUAUAUUUGGAGAAUCUGGUGAUGAAGAGGAAGAAGAAUUUACAGGUUUUAACCAGGAGGAUUUGGAAGAAGAAAAAGGUGAAACCCAGGUGAAAGAAGCAGAAGAUUCAGAUUCUGAUGAUAACAUAAAAAGAGGAAAGCAUAUGGACUUCCUGUCAGAUUUUGAGAUGAUGUUGCAGAGGAAAAAGAGCAUGAGUGGCAAGCGCAGACGUAAUCGUGAUGGUGGCACCUUUAUUAGUGACGCAGAUGAUGUUGUGAGUGCCAUGAUUGUCAAGAUGAAUGAGGCUGCUGAGGAAGAUAGACAGUUGAACAAUCAAAAAAAGCCAGCACUUAAGAAAUUAACUUUGUUGCCUACUGUGGUUAUGCACCUUAAGAAGCAAGACCUUAAAGAGACGUUUAUUGAUAGUGGUGUGAUGUCUGCCAUCAAAGAAUGGCUAUCACCUCUGCCAGAUAAGAGUUUGCCAGCACUAAAGAUUCGGGAGGAGCUGUUGAAGAUUUUGCAAGAGCUACCUAGUGUGAGCCAGGAGACCCUGAAGCAUAGUGGGAUUGGACGAGCAGUGAUGUAUCUCUAUAAACACCCCAAGGAAUCAAGGUCCAACAAGGACAUGGCAGGGAAAUUAAUCAAUGAAUGGUCUCGUCCUAUAUUUGGCCUUACCUCAAACUAUAAAGGAAUGACAAGAGAAGAAAGGGAGCAAAGAGAUCUAGAACAAAUGCCUCAACGACGAAGAAUGAACAGCACUGGUGGUCAGACACCCCGAAGAGACCUGGAAAAGGUGCUAACAGGAGAGGAGAAGGCUCUUAGACCUGGAGAUCCUGGAUUCUGUGCCCGUGCAAGGGUACCAAUGCCCUCAAACAAGGACUAUGUCGUCAGGCCCAAGUGGAACGUGGAAAUGGAGUCAUCCAGGAGCUGGGAGUCCCUUUGACUGCUAAUUUUCAGAUAUAAGAAAAUGAAAGAUAAAACUAAGGUUUUUGGCGGACACAACAUCUUUAUUUGUACGUGGUGCUGAGGAUCGAACCCGGGCCGCACGCAUGCCAGGCGAGCGCGCUACCGCUUGAGCCACAUCCCCAGCCCACCUAUUUGAUUUAAUCAUCCAUACCUGCAUAGUGAGGUCCAUUAAGAGCUCUGGACACCUAAGCAAGCUUAGUAGAGUUUCCUGGUGGGUGAACUCACUGAUGUGCCAGAAGAAUGGGACACAGAAUCUCUGCAUUCCCUUCUUAAACCCCCUUCUGUGGAUCUACAUUUGACUAACAGGUCUAACAUUCUUUAUAAUAAAACUAACCACAAGUAUAGUGCUCUAUAGGAUUAGUACCUUCCUUAGUUCUCUGAGACAUCUUAGCAAACUCUUGACAAGAGAUUCAUGAGAACCCCAAAUUUGUAAACAUUCAAUCCAAAGUAUCAGUGGUCUGGAGAACUCAGUAUGGCCAGCACCUAUCAGAAUUGAAAUACAGUACCCCAGUUGGAAUUGUACUAUAAUACCAACAAUAUCUUAUGUCUUAGUAUUAAUCAUUUUAUAUUAAUUUUUUUCCUCCAAGAGUAGGGAAUUACAGUAGAAAAAUUUCAGGAAGUCGUUAAUAAUUAUCUAAUUAUUUUAGUAGUCUCUAAAGACUUAAUUAUGAGAGCUCUGAUGGGUCAAGCUGAGUAAAUCCAAUAAAAUUUUAAUUAGCCUUGGUUUUCAUAAAGACCUUUGAGUGGUCUACAUAACAUGAAGUAUAUGCACUGAAACACAAGAAUCUCUCAGAACCUAUCUUCAUUUAAGUUGCAACAAAUUCAGAAGCACAAGAUUGUAAAAAAGUAUAUAUUAGAAGGUAAUGGCUAACCACUAGAUGGAGACAAAACAACCUUUCAGCUGUGUUACUUUUUAUUUACCCUCAAAAAUGUUUCCAGUGCCUUCCAAAUGUUGACAAUUAAGACAGUUGUAAACAAGUUGUUAAAGAUUUUCAAGUUAUUAACGUUUUGGCCUUUAUUAUAGUAAGCUCCAGUUAUCUGAAAAUGUCACAUGGAAGUUAAAAGUGAUGGUACCAGGUAAUAAAGUGAUAAUCACACCCUGGGAAUUAAAAAUGAUGAGAAAUUCUCUUAUACUAAGUUUAAAGGAAAAAAAAUUAACUAGUUUCUAUAUAAAUGAUCUGGUGUAUGGCUUACUUGGCGGCAUCUCAAACCUAGUCCACCAGAAUAACUUUUUUUCCCCUGAUUUAAAAAUAUUUCCAAUUUAGUAAAGUUAACUCCAUGUACCCUUCAUUGAUACUUACCACUUUGCCAUACUUAACUUUGUCACCUUAUAUGUACAUACUGUUGCUUUUUGCAGGUGUGUGUGUCUAGCUUGUUGACAGCUCACCUCUGGAGCCCCAAAUACUUAAGCAUUUUCUUACAAAAACAUGGAUUUACCCAGUUAAUUUUUAUCACUUGGUUAGGGUGAUUCAAAGUUACUUAGUCUUUCAGUUUUUUUGUGAUAUUUUGUAAUUGUGGUAAAAGAUAUAUAACAUGAAGUUUAACCAUGUUAAGUGCACAUCUUUUAGGUGCACAGUUUAAUGGCAUUGAGUGCACUUCAUUGUUGGGCACCCAUCUCCAGAAAUCUUUCAUCUCAUAAAACUAUGUACCAUUAAACAAUCUCCUAUUCUCCCUCCCACCAGCUUUGCAAACAUCAUUCUAUUUUCUGUUUUUUACUGUAUGUACAUAACUUUCUUCAUUCUGGUAUUAAUGUCUUAUCAAAUAUAUUAUUUGCGAAUAGUUUUUCUAAUUCGGUAAUUUGACUUCUCAUUCUGUUGAUUGUGUCCUUUGGUGUACAGUUUUAAUUUUGAUGUAGUUUAUCUUUCUUUUAUGCCCGUGCUUUUGGGGUCAUCAAAAAAUCAUUGCCAAAUGCAUUAUUAUAAAGCUUUUGCCUUGUUCUAAGUUUGUAGCUUUACCUUUUUUGUUUACGUCUUUAUCCAUUUUGACACUGUUUUGUCCGUUAUGUAAGAUAAAGACCCAGCUUCAUUUUUUUGAAUGUGAAUAUCUACUUUUUUCAAAUACUGCUAGUUGAGAAGACCGAGAUGUCCUUUUGCCAUUUGAUCGUCUUGGCACCCUUUCCAAAAAUGUUUUGACCAUAUAUGUGAGGGGUUUACUCCUGUGCUUUGUUUCAUUCAUAUUGUUCUGUCUUUCGUCUCCAGUAAACUAUCCGGAUUACUAUCUUUGCAAUAAGUUCUGAAGACAAGAAAUGUGAGUCCUCCACCUUUGUUGGGUUUUCCCUAACCCCAAGAAUUUUUUUUACUAUUUGGGUUUCUUUGAGAUUUCAUGUGAACUACAGGGUGAAUUUUUCUAUUUCUGCAAUAAGCAUUGUUGGGAUUUUGAUUGUGUUGAGUCUGUAGAUUAUUUUAGGUAGGAUUUCCAUCUCAAAAAUAUUAAGUCUUGCCUGGCCCAGCGACGCAUGCCUGUAAUCCCGGCAGUUUGGGAGGCUGAGACAGGAAGAUUAAGAGUUCAAAGCCAGCCUCAGUAAUGGUGAGUCACUAAGCUACUCAGUAAGACCCUGUCUCUAAAUAAAAUACAAACUAGGACAGGAGAUGUGGCUCAGUGGUCAAGUGCCCCUGAGUUCAAUCCCUAGUACAAAAAAAAAAAAAAACAAUUAAAAUCCAUAAACAAUACUUUCACUUAUUGAUGCCUUUAAUUUCAAAAACAUUUUCAGUAUGCAAGUUUUUUGUGUCCCUGAUUAAGUAUUUUAUUCUUUUUGAUACUACAGUAAAUGGAAUGGUUUUCUUAAUUUCCUUUUAGGGUUGCUCACUGUUCACAUGUACAUAUGCACCUGAUUUUUGUGCAUUGAUUUUACGUGCUACAGUUUGGCUGAAUUUGUUUAUUCUGAAAGUUUUGUUGAGGCUUUGUUUUGUGGAAUAUCUAGGCAUUUCUGCAUUUGAUGUGUCAUCUACAGUUUUACUUCUUUGUUUCAAAUGUGAGUAUCUUUUAUUUCUUUUUCUUUCCUAUUUUAUAUGGCUAGACUUUAGUACUGUGUCGAAUACAAGUGGUGAAAGUGGACAUCUUUGCAUUAUUCCUGAUAUUGGAGAAAAACUGUCAGUCUUUCAUUAUGUUAAUGAUGGGCUUUUCAUAUGUCCUUUAUUAUGUUGACUUUCCUUCUAUUCCUAAUUUCUUGGGUGUUUUUAUCAAGAAAGGGUGUUGAAUUUUGACAAAAGCUUUUUGUUCAUCAAUAGAGAAGAAGGGUUUUUUUUCCUUUAUUCUGUUAGUGUGGUAUCAAUUGAUUUGUUAUAUGAUGAAUCAUUCUGGGAAUAAAUCCCUGUUAGUCACCAUGUGCCUUUUAAUGUGCUGUUGAAAUUCUAUUUGCUAGCAUUUUAUUGAAGACUUUUGCAAUGUUUAUCAAGGACAGUAGUCUUUAGUUUUCUUGUAAUGUCAGUGUAGUUUUGGUACCAGGAUAAUGCUGUCUUCAAGAAGAGGGAAGUCUUCUUUCCUCUUCAAUUUUUUGGAGCAAUAUGAGGAGGAUUGGCAUUAGGUCUAUAAGUAGUUUGAUGGAGUUCACCUGUAAAGCCCUCUGGUCCUGUACUUUUUUGUUGGAAGAAUUUUGGAAACUAAAUGCAGUCUCCUUACUAGUUACAAAUCUAUUAACGAUUUAUAUUUGUUCAUGAUUCAGAGUUGAAAGGUUGUGCUUCUAGGACUUUGUCCAUUUCAUCUGUAUAAUCCCAAUUUGAUAGCAUGUAAUUGUUCAUAGUAUUCUAUGCUCCUUUUUUAUUUCUGUAAAAGUGGUCACAACUUCUCCAUGUUCAGUUUUUUGAGUCUUUUUUCCUUUCUAGUUCUAGCUCUGAAUGUCCUUUUUUUUUUUUUUUUUUUUUUCAAACUUUCUGAAGAACUAACUCUUGGUUCCUUUCUUUUUCUCUUGUUUUCCUGUCCUCUAUUUUGUAUAUAUCUACUCUAAAUUUUGUUCUUUUUUACUCUUGUUUGUUUUGUGCUUGCUUAGUUUGUUCUUUUCCUAUUUCCUUAAGGUUAGACUAUUGUUUCAGUUUUUUAUUUUUUUAAAACCAGGGGUGCUUAAUCACUGAGCCACAUCCCCAGCCCUUUUUUAUGUUGUAUUUAGAGAUGGGGUUUUGCUGAGUUGCUUAGGGCUUUGCUAAGGUGCUGAGACUGGUUUUGAACUCAUGAUCCUCCUGCCUUAGCCUCCCGAGCUGCUGGGAUUACAGGUGUGUGCCACCAUGCCCGGCUCAAAAUAUUUUUUUAAUGUAAGCAUUUACAGUUAUAAAUUUCUCUCAUAGCAUUACUUUUGUUGCACCCCAUCAUAUUUGAUAUUUUGUUUUAUUUUCUCUCAAGAUAUUUUCUAAUUUCUCUUGUGAUUUCUUCUUUGACUAAUUAGUUUAAGACCAAUUACUGUUUAAUUUCCACAUAUUUGUGGAUUUUCUAAUAUCUGUCUGCUAUUGAUUUCUAAUUUUAAUAUAUUGCCUAGAGAGAUACUUUGUAUAGUUUUAACAUUUUAAAAUGUAUUAAGACUGUUUCAUGGCCUAAUAUAUCCCAGAGAAUGUUCCUUGUGUACUUGAGAUAUGUCUGUAUUCGACUUAUUAGUGGGUAGUAUGUUCUGUUUAUGUGUGGUAAAUCCAGAUGAUCUGUGGUGGUGUUCAAGUCUUUUAUUUCCUUAUUUAUAUUCCAUCUUACUGUUCUGUCUGUAAUCGAUAGUAGAGUAUUGAAACCUCCAACUAUUAUUAUACAGCUGUCUAUUUCUCCCUCAAUUCUGUCAAUACUUGCUUUUAUAUACUUAGGAGCUCUGGUGUUUUGGUGUAUAUAUGUUUAUAAUUGUUAUGUGUACUUGAUGAAUUGACCUUUAUUUCAUUAUGUAACGUUCUUGUCUUUGUGAUAGAUUUUGACAUGAGUCUUUUCUGUCUAAUAUUAGCCAUCCCUGCUCUCUUUUAGUUACUAUUUGAAUAGAUUAUCUUUUUUCAUCCUUUUAUCAUCAACUAAUGUGUGCUUAGGUCUUAAGUGAAUCUCUUCCAUUAUAGGCAGUAUAUAGUUGGAUCUUCUCGGCUUUUAAUCUAUUCUGCAAAGCUGUAUAUUUUAUGUGGGAGCUAAAUCCAUUUGCAUAUAAAGGAAUCACUGAUAGGGAAGGACUUAUUUACCUCUGCCGUUUUGUUGUUUGUUUUCUGUUAAUAUCACAGCUUUUUGUUGUUGUUCCUCAUUUUCUCCCAAACUGCCUUUGUCUUUAGUUAAUUUUUCUAAUAGCGCCAUGUUUGAUUCCCUUCUCAUUUCUUUUUGUGUAUUCUACAUAUUUUUUUUUCAUCAUGGGGCUUGUGUAAAACAACAUCCUAACAUUAUAAUAACCUGUUUUUAAAUAUAAUUUACUGUGUGUGUGUGUGUGUGUGUGUGUACUGGGGAUCAAAUCCAGGGCCUUACACAUGCCAGACAAGAGUUCUUCCACUGAGCUGCAUUCCCAGUCCUAUUUUAAACUGAUAACUUCCAUCACAUUCAAAGCUUCUACUCUACAGCUCUGCCCCCUUUUUGUUUCUGAUAUCACAAAUUACAUCUUUAUAUACUGUAUACCCACUAGCAUCAAUUUAUAAUUUUUUAUGCUUUUCUAUUUUAAAUCCUGUAACAGAAUAAAAAGUGGAGUUAUGAACAAA